AUAAAAAACAGUUUAUUCGUUUCAAUACUUGCUUCGGGGACUGCAAAUUUUUGAGUAAGUUUUCCAAUACGAGGAAGGUGUAAAGCAAGUAAUCAUGAGUAAUCAAGUUCAACCAAUGAGGGCGCAACCGCAGCAGCCCGCUACAAUGACGGUGCAAGCGCCACCGCCAGAUGUACCAAACCGUGUUUGUGCUUCAGUUAUCAACAUGCUACUUUGUUGUCCUCCACUUGGCUUAGUUGCUCUUAUCUUUGCCUGUCAGGCAAAUUCUGCCAAAUCGUACAACGUCAUGGAGGCUCGCAGCAAAGCGGACACUGCAAAGACGCUAAACAUUGUGGGAUUUAUUCUGGGAAUCUUGGCUUGGAUCGCAGUGGGGAUCUACCUCUUUGUGUUCUUCUACUUCUUGGCUGGCGUUUUGAACGCAUAUGGAAAUGUAUUGACUACAAUUGGGGAAGUCAGCAAUUCACUGGAUGAAUUAUCUGAAUUAGGAAACUCCACAUCUAUGCUUGGCAACUUGGACCUCGAUAUAGCAAGCAACUUAACCAGCAUCAUCAACUAAUCAUGCUGUGACUUAAUACAAGAUAAACUACUUCUAACAAUAAUGUAUUUUCAAAUUAUAUGUUGUGAACUAGAUAAUAAAAACUCGCAAAUUAAAAAAGA